GCUUGCAAGCUACCAUGUUAUCUGGACCCUCUCUGCUGGCACUGCGAGCAGCCAAACCAGAACUUCAUCUCCCAGCCAUCCGCCAGUCCGUCCGCCAUGCCGGUGGCGUAGCCUGGCGCGAGCAGGCUGUUUCCGACCCCCGCGUCGAGAUCAUCCGGCGCACGCUCUACCCUUCGAACCUACGCAACCGCGAAAGCCCGACAGGCCUAUGGAGGCCCAGUGUCGGACGCCGCCUCCAGCGCGCGAUUCCCUCCGUUCAAGCACAUGAGACCAUCGAGCGGGCGUGGUUCCUGCAUAAGCGUCACAUUCGCAAGGCACGCGAGGCGGAGCUGAAGAGGAAGUUCGAAUCCAUGAAGGGCGCGAUGGACGCACUUCGUGAGCUCGACACCCGGUUAUACACCGAGGCGAACAAGGAGGAAGACCCGAGGCAGAGGAGUCCGGCCGAGUUGGAGGCCCUCAAGAACAUCAAAGGUGCGGAGAAGAGGGCGUUAGAGUCGAGGAUACGAGGGCUGUUCCCAAGAGAGCUUCGGAUCCCGGCAGACACGCCUCCGAGGGAUGGGUGGAACCACAACUGGAGCCCUAUCCUUCGUCCGUUUCAUUGAGACUUUUGCUGCCGCUUUACGGUCUUACGCGCUGUCUAGGAAGACAGUUUCACUGUCUUAGCACUCAUUGCUUGUGCCUACGGACACAAAACGGUGCGGGCCCGCCCCUACUGGAGCACGAAUACUCCUUUCUCUCUGACCCUCGCUUCAACCUCCAUCACUUUGCUCUGCACCCUGUUAUAAUGCUGAAUAUCCCAGCGCUGUUACUUGGUCAUCCAAUCAUGAUGUCG